AUGCAACACAACGGACAGGGUCGUAUUCGGCCGCUGAAGGAUCGGAACCGUUUCAGCCUCAAGAACAGAGAUAAGUACCUGUGCAGUGGUAAGGUACCCACUUGUGAGGAUAGGUUGUGUGACCACCACGUACCCUCACAGAAGAACAUGGCGCACAACGUGUUCCAAACUACCGCAGAAGCGUUGCUUGUCCUAUGUUAUUCAUUUGUUCUGACUGUAAUUAUCACAUCUAAAGCGAAAGAAUUCAAGAGUGCGUUCUUUUCAAUAUACGUUGCAACAGGUUUUGCUGACAUUGCAUCUCUUAUCUCGUGUUGGUUUGUACGAUUCAACCGUGAAGUUGGUUUGGGUGAAGAUUUCCAUGAUAUCCUGCUGGCAUGUGUCGCAGUCACUAGUGCGACCUUCGUCGCGCAUAUGUUCGGAAAUAUGCUCAUUACGAUUAACAGAUAUUCUGCUGUUUGCCACAUGAGAGAUUACAAUGUGAUUUGGACUAAAAAGCGUGUUUGGAUGUUAUUGGCUCUCCAGUACAUUAUGUCGUUUGCUGCUUUUGUGCCCAUGAUCGGAACGAGACUGAACUAUGGCCGCAAUGAAGAAGGGAAUGUUGUCUAUAAGGGGAUGGAGAAGCACCUUGACCUUCUAUAUAUUCGCAAAGGCGGCGAUCGCAGUGCUAGAUUACGGACACUAGAAGACCGAGCCAGCUGGCAACCGGCUAAUCUGAAAUAG